CUCGUCGCUCUGUCGACGUCUGCCCUGCCGGCAGAAACCGUCGACGACAUCAACCCAGCCGCUCGCGGCCUCGCCUUACCGCCUGCCUACUCCCGCUCGCAGGUACAGCCGCUACCAUGGAGGAGGCCGCGAGACGCGUCCGCUGCUGCAUCAUGUUCUUCCUGCUCGCCCUCGCGGGCGCCCACGCCGCAGCAAAGGGGCAAUUUCCCGAGUGGCGCUUUCAGGGACGUGAUGUGGUGGUGAAGAUCCCAAGAGAUUCGUUCCACGAGCCUCAAUCGGCCGCGUGCGAAGCCGCUGCCGCUGCUGCCGCCGCUAAGAACUCCUCUCCCGCACCGGUCCUCAUCAUCGACGCGCCAUCGUGGUUUUGCACGUCCGAUUCUGUCGGCAAUCAUUUGCCACUAUACUUCACCCUUCGAGCCUUGGCCUUGCUGCAUGGCAUCGGAUUCCAGAUGCAGCCGACCCGAGCGCUAUUCGGUUGCAAUAAGGGGGUGUUGGCAAGCAACGGCUCAAAGACGCAGAAGUACACGUAUGACCUCGAUGAUGCCGUCAUCCACUUUCGCUGUGGGGACAUUAUGGAAAUGGAUGCGUCACGGGGCCCGCUCAAUUCUGGGUUUGUGCCAUUGAGUGUGCUUCUUCGCUACCUGCGCCCACUUGCCCCGCGUUCGGUGGGCAUUGUCACAACACCGCUCGUUGAGAAGUGCAGCAGCAAACUCGAGACCCGAGCCAUGGACUGCAAGCACGGCAAGCAGUGCCACGACAUCCUUGAAGAAGAUGCACGGCCCAAGGGUCAGAAUCCAUGACAAGGACACGACGGUGGGGGCGAUGUCGCGCAUCGCCCUCGCUCAACUCUCCAUCUGCCCACCUAGCACCUUUUGUGUAUGGCCGGCUCUUGGGGCAGUGGAGGGGGUGCUCACUGGCGUUGGGGGUGGGCACAGUAUUGCACUUGAGCCAGGCAAGCGGGCCGCCGCUGCACUUGGAGAAGGGCAUCUGCAUGUGCACGCACUCCACGGUUCAAACGCCAGUAUAUUGUCAAUCAAGCGCAUCAAAGAGGCACAAAUGUCGCCACAGCAAAUUGGACAAUUCCUGGUUGAGCACUAGUAGUAUGUUGUUGACACGGUGGCGGUGGCUCUACCCGGCUCCGGGGAGCAUCGUGAGGUCAGCUUGCGCCUCGUUCUAACAGGCAUGGGAGCCGUGCCUUGCGAUGCGGGACCGCUCCGGCGGUGGUGGCAGCUCCUCCGCCGCCGCAUCGCGGUGGCGCGCCUCGUGCGGCGGCGCCCCGCCGAGCCGCAGCAAAUAGUGCCACUUUCGUAGAAUAGUGCUUGCGUGUUGGCUGUUGCGUCGUUAAGUGGCGAGACCUCGGCACCUCGCGCGAGCGUGCGCGCGCCGCAGGAGAGCGGUGGCCGGUGGGGGCCGGAUACUCUUACAUGCUAU